UCACUUUCAACCUGUUUACCAUAAAAUCAAAUUAUCUUGUGGAAUAUUUAAAGUCGCGAGUAAUUAAAAUUAUCAGAAUCGAAUAAGACAGUAUAUAAUUGUGAAAGAAAUAUGAAUCGCCGACAAUUGGGAUUGUUAUUUUUAUCUACCUUAAUCGUUAUCAUUUCAGCGUUCUCUCAGAACAUUAAUGGACAAGAAUUGGCAUCGAGAUUAGAAAACAAAAAUGUGAUGAAUAUCGAGGAAAGGAAACUACUAACAGAAAAGGAUUUUUUGUACGUUGUACGUAACACGAAAACGACAGUGCCGUGUAUUUUGGCAAAUAUGUCAAUUAUCGUUACGAUCCCGUAUAAUAAUAACUCCAAUAAAAGCUUAAGUGUUCCAGUCAACGCUACAGUCGGUGGUCAUUGUUCAUCUGUAAUAUCAGAAAUGAAACUAAUUUGGAAAGAAACUAACACUGACAAAGAAAACACAAUUAAAUUUACAUUUAUCAACGACCAGGAAAAUUUCUCAAUUUUUUCUAUUGGACUCAAUAUAUACCCAAAAGAACAUAAUUCAAAGGGUAAAAUUUAGUGCUAAAUACCUCUU